AUGACUGUGGAUCAAAAGUACUGGGAUGACCUAAAGCCAUUUCAAGUGGAUGUGCCUUCUCGUGAUCCUGAGCUGAACAGGAAGCAAUACCUUCUGAAGGAUCGCGAUGGUGCUAAGUUCGACUUGGAGGCGACGGCGAAGAGAUUUGAACAUCUUUUGUCGCUGAGUGGGCUUUUCAGGCAUUUCAUCGAGAGCAAAGCUACCAAGGAUGACCGAUUCAAACGUGUACUAGAGAUACUAGAGGGUGAUACUAAGGGCAACAGACAGAAGACUAGUGGACACCAGGAUAAGAGAAGACGUAAGACGGAGCGGGAGGAAGAUGCUGAGUUGCUGAGAGGCGAAGAAGCUGAGGAAACUGGGCUGGAUGACAUUGCGUUCCAGUUCACCGAGUCCCCAAAGUUCAUUAACGGAUCGCUCAGGUCGUAUCAAAUUCAAGGGCUGAAUUGGUUGAUAUCUUUGCAUCAAAAUGGAAUUGCAGGUAUUUUGGCCGAUGAGAUGGGGCUCGGUAAGACUUUGCAAACCAUUGCAUUUUUGGGCUAUCUAAGGUACAUUGAAAAAAAUCCGGGUCCCUUUCUGGUUAUCGCUCCCAAAUCGACGUUGAAUAACUGGCUAAGAGAGCUGAACAGAUGGACCCCAGAAGUCAACGCGUUUAUUUUACAGGGUACCAAAGAGGAAAGGUCGGAGAUGGUUCGUAACAAGUUGCUAGCAUGCGAUUUCGAUGUCGCUGUGGCUUCUUAUGAAAUCAUCAUCAGAGAAAAAUCUUCAUUCAAGAAAAUUGAUUGGCAGUAUAUCGUUAUCGAUGAAGCUCACAGGAUCAAAAACGAGGAAUCGAUGCUGUCCCAAGUCUUGAGAGAAUUUAGCUCUAAAAAUCGCUUGCUCAUUACAGGUACUCCGUUACAGAACAAUUUGCACGAACUUUGGGCUCUAUUGAACUUUUUGCUGCCGGACAUUUUUGCUGAUUCGCAGGACUUUGAUGCUUGGUUUUCAUCAGAGACAACCGAUGAAGAUCAGGACAAGGUUGUGAAACAGUUGCACACGGUUCUUCAGCCGUUCUUGCUUCGUCGUAUCAAGAAUGAUGUGGAAAAAUCGCUACUGCCGAAGAAAGAGCUGAACGUUUACGUCGGAAUGUCUGCCAUGCAGAAAAAAUGGUACAAGCAGAUUCUAGAGAAGGACUUGGAUGCCGUUAAUGGUUCCAAUGGUAGCAAAGAGUCGAAGACACGAUUGCUCAAUAUAGUGAUGCAGCUGAGGAAAUGCUGCAAUCAUCCAUACUUGUUUGACGGAGCUGAACCCGGACCGCCAUAUACAACAGACGAACAUUUAGUUUACAAUUCGGCCAAAUUAAAGGUCCUGGAUCGGUUAUUGAAAAAGCUCAAAGAGCAAGGUUCCAGAGUCCUGAUUUUUAGCCAAAUGUCAAGGGUUCUGGAUAUUUUAGAGGACUAUUGUUACUUCAGAGAGUAUGAAUACUGCAGGAUUGAUGGUUCUACUGAUCAUGAGGAAAGAAUUAAAGCGAUCGAUGAAUAUAAUAAACCAGAUUCUAGCAAGUUCAUUUUCUUGCUAACUACUCGCGCUGGUGGACUGGGUAUCAACCUAACCACUGCUGAUGUCGUAGUGUUAUUCGACUCAGAUUGGAAUCCUCAGGCUGAUUUGCAAGCAAUGGAUCGGGCGCAUCGUAUUGGUCAGAAAAAACAGGUGAAGGUCUUCAGAUUUGUGACCGACAAUUCUGUGGAAGAAAAGAUCCUGGAAAGAGCCACGCAGAAAUUGAGACUGGAUCAAUUGGUUAUACAGCAGAACCGAGUCUCGGCGCAAAAGAAGAAGGAAAAUAAAGCGGAUUCUAAAGAUGCGUUGCUAUCCAUGAUUCAGCAUGGUGCAGCAGAUGUCUUUAAGAGUGCCACAAGCAGUUCUCGAGGAAGUCCACAACCAGAUGCGGAGGCAGAGGACGCUGAAUUUGACCUCGAUGCUCUUCUAGCUAAGUCGCAAGAUAAGACUCAGUCCCUCAAUCAAAAGUAUUCAGCUUUGGGCUUAGAUGAUCUGCAAAAAUUCAAUCAAGAUUCAGCUUAUGAAUGGAACGGACAGGAUUUCAAGAAGAGAACCCAGAAGGACAUCAUAAGCCCUCUGUGGAUCAAUCCAACCAAGCGUGAACGUAAGGAAAAUUACUCAGUAGACGGUUACUACAAGGACGUUUUACAAACAGGUCGAGCUUCAACCCCUUCUCAUCCAAGAAUGCCAAGGCCACAUGCAUUUUAUUCUCAUCAACUUCAACCUCCUCAACUGAAAAUGUUGUAUGAGAAAGAGCGUAUGUGGACUGCGAAGAAGACCGAGUACGAACCUAAUAUGGAUGAUGUCAAAGCGACAUACGGUGAUAUAACUGACGAGGAAGAAAGAAACAAGAAAUUGGAGCUUCUAAAGAUCUCCAUAAGCAACGCACAACCUUUAACGGAGGAGGAGGAGAAGCUGAAAAGCGAAUGGGAAAAGGAAGGUUUUACGAACUGGACUAAAACAGAAUUCAGAAAGUUCAUUACCGCAUCAGGCAAAUACGGAAGAAACUCUAUAUACGCAAUAUCAACCGAACUGGCUCCAGGGAAGACCGUUGACGAAGUUCGUGAAUAUGCGAAAGCAUUUUGGAGUAACGUGGAGCGCGUUGAAGACUACGAGAAGCACCUGAAAUUCAUUGAAGCAGAAGAGGAGAAAAUCAAGCGAGUAAAACUGCAACAGGAGGCAUUGCGUCGGAAGAUCUCGCAGUACUCAAACCCGCUAUGUGACCUGAAGUUGAAGCAUCCUCCUUCAACAAAUAACAAAAGAACGUUUUCUGAGGAGGAGGACAGAUUCAUUUUACUGAUGCUCUUCAAAUACGGUCUCGACAGAGAGGACGUAUACGAGCUGACCCGCGAUGAGAUAAGAGAUUGUCCACUGUUUGAGCUGGACUUCUACUUCCAGAGCAGAACCCCCGUAGAGCUAGCAAGAAGGGCAACUACUUUGCUUCAAUGUUUGGAGAAGGAGUUCAACACAGGAUUACCGCUCGACGAAGACCUCCAAAAUAGGUUGAAGGAAGAAGAUGAAAGCGGAAAGCGUGCCAGAGAGGAAAUGGAAAAGGAGGACCAUAAGGAGCCAAUCAAUUCCAAAACCAGUGAAGAAGAUAAAGAAAGUGAACCUGAGCAGUCUGAGUUAGCUCAGAAGAAAGCCAAAGUGGAAUAA